UUCCUCUGUUGUGUCUAAUAAGGUAAUAGCGAGUGUGAUUGGAGGGUGUUGGGCCUCUUUCUCUCUCAUUAGGAGGAUGCCUGUACUUCUGUAUCAUCAGUGCGGAGAAGCUUGUGCUGGGUGUUGAAUUAAUCAUGCUGAGGAUGAUGGGAAGAUGCCUGACACUCAUUUUACUCUCUGCAGUUGUAAUUUUCAUCACAGCUGACCAUAUGAAUGUGAGGUUGGUUGGUGGUCACAGUCGCUGUGCUGGUACAGUGGAGGUUCAUCAUAGAGGUCAGUGGGGAACAGUGUGUGAUCUUGCCUGGGAUUUGUCUGAUGCUACAGUGGUGUGUAGAGAACUGGACUGUGGAGAACCUGUAGAUGCUCUGGGUGAUGCGCACUUUGGACCAGGGUCAGGACCAGUCUGGAUGAGUUUUGUCAGAUGUGUUGGUUCAGAAUCCACACUGAAGGACUGUGGAUCAUCAGGAUGGGACCAAAGUUACUGUGGUCAUUCUAAAGAUGCUGGAGUCAUCUGCUCAGAAGUCAGGCUGGUUGGAGGUUCUCGCUGCUCUGGGAGGUUAGAGAUACUUCAUGAUCAGACGUGGAUGUCAGUGUGUGACACUGCCUUUGACCAGCAGGAUGCAGAGGUUGUGUGUAGAGAGCUGGACUGUGGGGCUCCUGUACAGGUGCUGGGAGCAGCUGCUUUUGACAAAGGAGACACUCAGAUGUGGACACAGGAGAUUCAGUGUAGAGGAGAUGAAUCUCAGAUUCAUAUGUGUCAAACAUCUUUCAAACACAACUGCUCGUACAACAAUAAUGUUGGACUGCUUUGUACAGAAAUAAUAAAUGUGCAGUUGGUUAAUGGUAAGAGUCCCUGCAGUGGGACAGUGGAGAUUCUUCAUAGAGGUCAGUGGGGAAGAGUGUGUGAUAUUGGCUGGGAUUUGGCUGAUGCUGCAGUGGUGUGUAGAGAACUGGACUGUGGAGAACCUGUAGAUGCUCUGGGUGAUGCUCAGGUUGGACUCGGAUCAGGACCAUUCUGGCUGAAUAAUGCAAUGUGUACUGGAUCUGAGUCCACACUGAAAAAGUGUGGAUCUGUCGCAUGGGGUUUUCAAGAUGUGUGCCAGAGCAAGAGUGCAAGAGUUAUCUGCUCAGGUGUCAGGCUGGUUGGAGUCUCGCGCUGCUCUGGAAGAUUAGAAAUACUUCAUGAUCAGAUGUGGAUGUCGGUGUGUGACGCUGCCUUUGACCAGCAGGAUGCAGAGGUUGUGUGUAGAGAGCUGGACUGUGGGGCUCCUGUACAGGUGCUGGGAGCAGCUGCUUUUGGCAAAGGAGACACUCAGAUGUGGACACAAGAGAUUCAGUGUAGAGGAAAUGAAUCUCAGAUUCACCUCUGUCCAACAUCACUGCCACUCAAAUAUAACUGUUCACAUGACAGUGAUGUUGGACUGGUGUGUGCAGACAGUGUGAAUGUGAGGUUGGUUGGUGGUGAAAACCGUUGUGCUGGUCGAGUGGAGGUUCUUCAUAGAGGUCAGUGGGGAACACUGUGUGAUCUUGGUUGGGAUAUGACUGAAGCUGCAGUGGUGUGUAGAGAGCUGGACUGUGGAGAACCUGUAGAUGCUGUGGGUGAUGUUUAUUUUGGACCAGGAACAGGACCAAUUUGGUCAAAUCGUAUGACAUGUACUGGAUCAGAGUCUACACUGAAGAACUGUGGAUCAGUUCAGCUGUUUGAUUAUGUCUGUAAUCAUAAUAGAGAUGCUGGAGUCAUCUGCUCAGGUGUCAGGCUGGUUGGAGGUUCUCGCUGCACUGGGAGGUUAGAGAUACUUCAUGAACAGACGUGGAUGUCAGUGUGUGACGCUGCCUUUGACCAGCAGGAUGCAGAGGUUGUGUGUAGAGAGCUGGACUGUGGGGCUCCUGUACAGGUGCUGGGAGCAGCUGCUUUUGGCAAAGGAGACGCUCAGAUGUGGACACAAGAGAUUCAGUGCAAAGGAAAUGAAUCUCAAAUUCACCUCUGUCCAACAUCACCACACACGAACAACUGCUCCAGUGAUGAUCAGCAGGCACUUCUGUGUGCUGAUGUAAUGAAUGUGAGACUUGUAAAUGGUAACAGUCGCUGUGCUGGUAGAGUGGAGGUUCAUCAUAGAGGUCAGUGGGGAACAGUGUGUGAUGCUAGUUGGGAUAUGGUUGAUGCUGCAGUGGUGUGUAGAGAACUGGACUGUGGAGAACCUGUAGAUGCUCCAGGAACAGAGUCUACACUGAAGAACUGUGGAUCAGGAGGGUGGCACAAACAUGGCUGCACUCAUAAUCGUGAUGCUGGAGUCAUCUGUUCAGGUGUGGCGUAUCAGGAUGCUGAUUAG